AUGGCGCUCAGCAAGGAGCAAAGCACAGGUACUGAUCAGCAGGCCGUGCUGGAUGCUCAGCUCCAGCUCUGGCACUACACCGUCGGCUAUGUCAAGUCCAUGGCACUCAAGGCCGCCCUAGACCUCAGCAUACCGGACGCCAUCCACCAGCAUGGCGGCUCAGCUACCCUCCCACAGAUAGUCACCAAGGUCACACUCCACCCGUCCAAGAUACCGUGCCUGAGACGCCUCAUGCGUGUGCUCACUCUUACCGGCGUCUUCAGCGUCCACGACGGCGGUGAUGAGCCUGUUUACGGGCUCACGCCGGCGUCUCGUCUUCUGAUUGGCUCGGGAAUAAUGAAUUUGACUCCAUUUCUGACCUUGAUGCUUGGUACUGUUUUUGUGUCUUCCUUCCUCGACCUCGGCGAGUGGUUCCGGCAGAAGAUGCCCGGUCCGUCCCCGUUCGACAUGGCGAAUGGACGGGAUAUAUGGGAUCUGUGCAACCAUGACGCAAGAUUCGGCAAGCUCUUCGACGACGGGAUGGUCGCAGACAGCGGUUUCAUCAUGGACAUCGUGGUCAAGGAGUGCAGCAACGUCUUCCAAGGGGAUUAG